AUGACCAUGCUGCACCGAUACCGUCAGAUAGCAGCAUUUCUUCUAAUUACAUUCCUAAUUUCAACACAAACUUUGGAGUCUGAUCAUUUCGCGGAUGAGAAUGAUUUGGCUCAAUUUAGCCAUUUUCUGGUCGAUUUGGUUGGCAAAAUGAGGGCGGGUCACUGCUUUGCCUUUAUCACGGACUCUCUGUACGCCAUAACCUUAACAGAUAAGCUAUUUCUUGAGAUUCACACCCAGCCGAGGUAUGUUCUGCAGAUUCCGGAUGACGAAGACACGUUAAAUCCAAGCCCGCGGGUCACCUGCAUAUUGGAGGAAAUUCGACGAAUUGGUUGCGGUGCUUAUAUAAUAUUGCUGACUAAUGGAAUUCAAAUGGAGCGAUUGUUAAGAUUUGGGGACAAAACACGAAUUAUCAAUACCCGGGCACAGUUUCUUUUUCUGCACGACCAUAGGCUGUUUGUGCCUGACCUGCUCUAUCUAUGGAAGCGAAUCGUUAACGUCCUAUUCGUGAGACAACUAUCAUUCGGUGGAUCUAAAGGCCAACUAAUGAAUGAGCACUACGAAGUCAGCACUGUUCCCUUUCCGUUUCCGCUGAAAGGUGUGUUCGUUGCAAAGAGGUUGGAUUUCUGGCAUGACGGAAAAUUUCGCUACAAUCGGAAGCUAUUUUUCGACAAAACUUUAAACAUGGAUGGACAAACCAUGAAAGUUGUCGUGUUAGAGCAUACGCCGGCUAUUUUUCGCACUACACACAAUGAAACGGAUGACCAUUUGAAGUAUUACGGCUUAGAGGUUGAGCUGCUUAAAGCAAUCUCUGAAGCUAUGAGAUUUGCAAUGGACUUUUACGAAACGGAAGAUGCUGUGACGGAAAAGUGGGGAGCUAUUACAGAUAAUGGUAAUAGUACUGGACUUCUAGCAGAAAUGAAUGAAGGUCGGGCUGAUUUUGCGUUGGCUGAUUUGCAUCACACUGAAUAUCAUUUGGAAAUCAUGGAUCUUAGCAUUCCAUACAAUACAGAAUGUCUCACUUUUAUAACACCGGAGGCGCUUACCGACAAUUCAUGGACCACGUUGAUACUUCCAUUCACUGUCGGUAUGUGGGCUGGAGUACUUAUUUCCCUAUUUUCUAUAGGAUCUGUGUUUUAUGCACUGUCCCGAAUGUUGAUGUAUGUUCGAGAUGAAAAGCAUUACCGGCGUGAUUUGGAGCUAAUUGCCAAGCAUAGGAGUUCAUGGAGAAACAGACAUUGCAAAUGGCUUAACAAAAUAGCAGAAAUCUGUAGACUAAAAUUAAAACAGAUCCAACGGUUCAAAUCCAAAAGGAAACAAAGCCAUGAGCUCGAUUUAACGAAACUGAAAAUGCUCAAAAUGGUUCCGUUCAAGCGGAAAGCUCUUCCAUGGAGAGACCCACAUCCUCCAAGAGACAUAUUCGAUACAUUUUCCGGCUGCAUUAUCUACACCUACAGCAUGUUACUUUUGGUGUCACUGCCGCGACUCCCGCAACGAUGGCCACUUCGCAUUUUGACGGGCUGGUACUGGAUCUACUGUAUUCUUCUAGUGGUCGCGUAUCGCGCUUCGCUUACAGCUAUUCUCGCGAAUCCGGUGGCCAGACUAACCAUUGACCAUCUGAAAGAUUUAGCCGAAAGUCCAAUUCGUUGUGGAGCUUGGGGAGAACAAACUCGUCUAUUUUUCCAAACUGCUCAGGACAAAUCGUUAAUGAUAAUCGGGGAAAAGCUGGAGCACACUCCAAAUGCGGAGGUCGCCGUAGAACGAGUGGUCGAUGGGAACUUUGCGUACUAUGACAACGUUUACAUGUUAAAACAGUUGCGUGCUACGCUUAAGUCGGAAAAAGCGCGUGAAACACUACAUAUCAUGGAACAGUGUGCAAUUCACAUGCCCAUUUCGAUUGGGAUGGAGAAAAACUCGCCUCUGAAGCCGAAAAUAGAUAAGCACGUGAGAGCGUUGGUGGAAGCGGGCCUAACUAACAAGUGGUUGGCCGAUGCCAUCGAGGAAUUUCAAUCCAACAUUGAACUACCACCGCAAGAAGCCACGAUGGACCUGAAAAAGUUAACGGCAGCAUUUAUCGCUCUGGCCAUUGGAUACGGAUUGGCGCUGUUAGCGUUAAGUGUUGAGAAAUUUUACUGGCGAUGUAUCGUAGAAAGUCAUCCCGACUACGAUAAAUACAUCGUAGGAGCAUUCCACAGAAAAACUGUGCGAAAACUAUCUGAUAGCACUCGGUCAACAGUCACAUAG